AUGCUGUUCCACGGGAUCGCCCUUCUGGGCGCCGUCAUCAGUACUAUUGCCGUCUCCAUUCCAGCACCUCCACCUGAAGAGGUUAUUCACUUACGGCGUUUGCCUCUUCCCCCAUUGGUGAAUAGCAGCGCGAUCGGGGCUUGCACCACUACAGUCAACCCUAACAAGAGUGGCUGUCUGCCAAAUGGGGGCGCUGGGACCAUACAGUCUGGUGACUUUUUGCCCGACGGCAAACACGUCCUCGUCCUGGUCAACUACCAAGGUGCGCCUGCCGCCCCGGAUCCAGCCAGCAUCUACAACGGCUCCCAGAUCAUCCUCAUCAAGACUGAGCGCGGAGAGUACUUUCCCAACGGAAGCCCUUGGAAGUGCAUAACAUGCGGCGUCCCAGCCGCGAACAAGGUUGGAAUCCAUUACAAUUGGGAAUACCCACAGUCGUUCCGCGACGGUAAACGCGCGUUGGCUGGUGCCGAUAUAAUCGAUUGCGGCAAGCACGAUCUCGCCUCUGAUGCCUGCACUCCCAAUAAUACCUUUAUAUUCCCUACCCGGCUCAGUGGCACGACGGACGAUUCGGGCGUUGGUGUCUCUACCCGCGAGCACCGCAUUCACCCCGACCAGGUCCACCUUGGUUUUAACGUCCUCAACUUCACUGGCCCGAGCGCUGGCCAGCACGGUUUUUUCGGCCGCCUCCAGUUCAACGCCAACCCAGCCACGGGCACGCCCCUUGCUCCUCGCUAUGAUAUCGUCAACGCCAGCGUGUUAUUGUCUCCAAACAGGCUGGCUCACCUGAGUAUUAACGGUACACAGAUUAUGAGAAACUACAAUGCUAUCACGGUUGGCGAGGCACGUGGCUUUAGCGGCGACGGCGACGAGGUUACCUAUGUUGGCAGUCCUUGGGAGAGCGGUAAUAUCGAUAUUUUUGCCACGGACCUAACCACGGGGGCUACGCGCCGCGUUACCGACCAUCCCGAAUAUUGCGAUCCUAUUACAGCCUCGCCGGAUAACCAGUGGUUCGCUAUUAUGGAUACUCGCGGCUCUGGCCGUCAGAUGUUCCUCGCCGGCAUGCGCGGCAUCCCCCCCAUCACAGACCUAUUAACAGUCGCCUUUUCCUCGUCUACCCGCAAUAACGGUCUCCGCCGCUUCUUCCAGACCUUUGUUAUUGACAGGUACGGCGACCGUGGCGAUUACUUCGGCCAGCGCGUUACAGGAAAUGAAAAUGCCAAGAAUGGUUCCGGUCAUUGGAAUGACCCUACUUGGAAUUCGGGCGCAGACCCUCGUUGGUCGCUCGAUAGCCGGCAAAUUGUCUUCGACCAAUUCAACACCAUCUCUCCCGCCUGCGGAGGUAUUAAUCCUCUGCCUUGCUACCCCUCCAAGGAGCCUGGCGGCCACAAUUACCGUAUCAUUGUCGCUAGCUUCCCCAACCGUAAGAAGGCUGCCCCGGCUGUUGUCGCGGAGCGACCGGACACCGUCCCAUGGGCGAUCCCUUACAUCCCCGGCAACACCACGUACCCUGUGCCACCCGCCAUCCCGCCCGGUGUGUAUACGCUUACGGCCCAUAAAGCUGGAUACGCCGAGGUCAACAUCACUUACAACAGCGGCUCGAUGAACGGUGUCCGGGUCACGUACCAUAACUUUUCGGACGAUGGCCUCAGUUUCCUCAACGGCUACGAGAACGUCACGAGCGACUCAGCAGGUCUUCAUUGGUGGUCCAGUAUCUACCAGACCGGAAAGGUCAAUGGCAGUAAGCUGACCAGCCCCGGCGGAUACCACGCUCAGAUCGAUGUCUUCGUCAACGAGCUGACCAACAACGGCACCCUCACUACCACUCUUGACGGCGUUACCUACAGCAACCCUGAGAGUUAUACGUAG